UGCCAAUACAAACAAAUGUAUUAUGGACUUCAUGGUGGUGGUGGAAGGACACGGACAGUCGUUCUUAAUAGAAUAAAAGGCCAUGACUUCAGUUCAGUCACUGCAACUCAGCCUCUCGUUUUCUUGCUAUCUCUCGAGCAAAUGAAGCUCCUAAUGAUCUCCAUUCUCGUUUUCCUUGUCCACCUCUCUCUAGUCCUCGCCUCAGCCGAUGCAACUCAGCCUCCAUUCGCAUGUGAUUCAAAAAACCCUGCAACCGCCUCCUACACCUUCUGCAAUCCGUCCCUGCCCAUCCCCCAAAGGGUUAAAGAUCUCGUUUCUCGUCUCACCUUAGACGAGAAGAUCUCUCAGCUCGUUAACAAUGCGCCGGCGAUUCCCAGACUCGGUAUUCCUAGCUACGAGUGGUGGUCGGAAGCCUUGCACGGCGUCACCUCCGCGGGACGCGGAAUCCAACUCAACGGAAUCAUUAAAGGUGCUACCAGCUUCCCCCAAGUCAUCCUCAGUGCUGCUUCGUUUGAUGCCCAUCUCUGGUACCGCAUUGCAAAGGCCAUUGGUGUCGAAGCUCGAGCGAUAUAUAAUGCCGGACAAGCCAGCGGAUUGACGUUUUGGGCUCCGAACAUCAAUAUAUUUAGGGAUCCCAGAUGGGGGAGAGGGCAAGAGACACCAGGUGAAGAUCCCUUGGUUACUAGUGCGUAUGCGAUUUCUUAUGUGAGAGGGCUUCAAGGGGAUUCAUAUGAAGGAGGCAAGCUUGGUGUUCACCUCCAAGCUUCAGCUUGUUGUAAGCAUUUCACUGCUUAUGAUCUAGAUAAUUGGAACGGAACCACUCGCUAUGGCUUUGAUGCUCGCGUUUCUCUUCAGGAUUUAGCAGAUACGUAUCAGCCUCCAUUUCAUAGUUGUAUCAAUCAAGGUCGGGCAAGUGGCAUUAUGUGCGCUUACAAUCGUGUUAAUGGAAUUCCAAGUUGUGCAGAUUACAAUCUCCUGUCCAAAACUGCGCGAGGACAGUGGGGUUUUAAUGGGUACAUCACGUCGGACUGCGAUGCUGUUUCGAUCAUCCGCGAUACCCACCAUUAUGCUAGGACACCGGAAGAUGCGGUUGGAGAUGUCCUCAGAGCUGGCAUGGAUGUCAACUGUGGUUCCUACUUGCAGAAAUACACCAAAUCAGCCGUACAACAGAAAAAGGUGUCUGAAUCAGACAUAGAUAGAGCUCUCCACGAGCUCUUCUCUGUGAGAAUGAGGUUGGGACUGUUCAACGGCAACCCAGUUCAACAACCUUUCGGCAACAUUAGUCCGAAGAAUGUCUGCAGCGAAGAACAUGGUAAUUUAGCCAUAGAGGCAGCCGCUAAUAGCAUUGUCUUACUGAAGAACUCAGACAAGCUCCUCCCAAUCCCGGUACCAAGGAGUCUAGCAAAUUCCAUCUCCGUAGCAGUAAUCGGCCCCAAUGCCAACGUUGAACAAACGCUCCUCGGAAACUAUGCUGGCCCUCCGUGUUAUUCCUCAGCUCCCUCAAUUCUCCAUGGAAUUCUGGGCUACAUCCCAGAUGCCAAGUAUCAUGCAGGUUGUGACUCGGUAGCAUGUUCCUCGGCUUCCAUCAAUGAAGCUGUGGCACUGGCGAGAACUGUGGAUUACGUAAUUCUGGUUAUGGGUUUAGAUCAGACACAAGAAAAGGAAGAAAAGGAUCGAGAUAGCCUGCUACUCCCUGGAAAGCAAAAUGCUCUUAUCACGAGUGUUUCGAGAGCUGCAAAGAAGCCAGUGGUUUUGGUGAUUCUCAGUGGUGGUCCAGUUGAUAUUUCAUUUGCCAAAUAUGACAAAAAAAUUGGCAGCAUCUUGUGGGCAGGCUAUCCUGGACAAGCUGGAGGCACUGCGGUAGCCGGGAUUAUAUUUGGAGACCAGAACCCAGGAGGAAGAUUACCAGUCACCUGGUACCCCCAGGAGUUCACCAAAGUCCCGAUGACCGACAUGAGGAUGAGGCCAGAUCUAGCUUCUGGAUACCCUGGACGCACCUAUAGAUUCUACAAAGGGAAAACAGUUUUUGAAUUUGGCCAUGGUCUCAGCUACUCCAACUUCUCUUAUGCAUUCAGCUCAGUUUCGCAAAAACAACUCUACCUGAAAGAAAACGUCACCACUUAUGCAGUGAAAGAGGACUCAAAUUCCAUGCGUUACAUUUCUGUAACAGAAAUGGGUGAAGAACGCUGCGACAGAAUGAAGUUCUCAGUUGUUGUUGAAGUUACAAAUUACGGAGAAAUGGCAGGUAAACACUCAGUUUUGCUAUUUAAACGGCAGGUCAAGCAUCAACAUGGUAGCCCAAUGAAACAGUUGGUAGGAUUCCAGAGCUUGCACCUGAAUGUGGGGGAAAGAGCUAAAAUUGAGUUUGUGUUGAAACCAUGUGAGCACCUCAGUAAAGUUCGUGAAGAUGGUUUAUCAGUGAUAGAGGAAGGAUCCCAUUUCAUGAUUGUGGGAGAUAAGACGUACCCUGUUUCCAUUAUGCUCUGAAUCAUGGUCAUAGGAGUCUUGUAAUAAGAAACAUUUCCAAGUGUGGCCAUAGGAGUAACCAUUUUCAAAUUCAGCAAUCUAUGCCCUACAGAUUAUGUAUUUACUAUUUUUCUGUCUUAAUCUCAGCAACUGGGGUUUCGAGCUUGGAUGUAGAACUGCAAGCUUAAACAAAGUAAGCUUUGCAUAGAAGUUUGCAAAUCUUUGUGUUCAUGUUCAUCUAACCUAAACCAAAUGCUUUCUUGCGGAGGCAGUCAGGUGACCUUGCUGUUUCACCAGUACUAGUGCUGCCUUUUGCAUC